AUGGAGAUCCAAGCUGGCAUUCAACCGUUUGGCAAUCAACACCGCAAGAUCAACGUUGCAAAGAAGAUCGAGGCACGCAGAGACAGUGGCAAGCCAAGAAGAUUAUGCAACAAUGAGGCAAAGCAAAACAGUGCCGAAGGUUGCCUCCACUACGAGAUUCUUCUGUGGUAUGGCUGUAGUCUCGGCGGCAUCGAGUUCGCGUCCUGUGGAGGUGCUGAUCACCUGUACGUGAAAGCGACUGACGGGAACGAGUCACUUCCUGGCAUGUGGAACAUCCAAGAGGGUGACUUGUUGAUCUCAAUCAACGAAUGCAGCACGCACAGCUCAACGAUAGACUUCGAUUCUGUGAUGCAAAUAGUUGCUAGCGGUGCUCGUCCAGCUGUCCUUCGCUUCAGGAGACCGACGUUACAAGAGCUGCAGCAGAUCCCGAAGCAAAAGCGCAAACCAACGAAUGAAGAGAGACUAGGUCGCCGCCGAAAUCGUGAGCGGCUCGAGAAGACGUUGAGUUAUGUGAUCUGGCGGGAGGGCGACGGACCGCUCGGCGUAUCGUUGAAGAAACAGCCAGGGUCGUUGUACCCUGUUGUAGCCGACAUGAACCGUAGCAGCGUUGUCAGACGCCAUGCGAACAUGGGAGACCAGUUGAUUUCGAUCAAUCAGCACGAUAUCUACCAGCUGGGCAGCAAGCACUGGGUGCAGUUGCUCAAGUCCGCCCCGAAGCCUCUUGUACUAACAUUUCGGCGUUUGGGACCUCCAAACCAAAAGGGGGCUCGGACGCUGGAUCUAUAA